AAGCUUGGAUAUGUGAUACGCCGCUCAGGACGGAGGGCUGAGUGCGUUUGCUGCUCGAUAACCUGAACAAGGGCACGUAUGCAUUCCUCCUUGUGCCAUAGCCAGUGUCUUUGCUGCACAUUCGCCAGCGCAGUCGGACGGUGGGGCGUAGCGCUCAUAGCGCUCCGCGAUCGGUGGGCGGGCCGCGCCCCCGCGCGGCAUGUCGGCAUCUCACCUGACCUCGUUUGUAGCGCGACGGUUGUUGAUUUGUUUGGCAACACCCUUAUCUCAAACCGUCAUGUCGUCCGCCUGGAAUAUUUCACGACCGCGCAGAACGUCCAUGGCGACUUCAGACGGGCUCUCGUCCCCGCCGUCGGUGUGGUCCGACAACUUCCACAGCCGCUCGACAUAUUUUUCCUCCCCACCGCGCUCGUCGUCGCCCCCGACGUCCCCCAUGACUUCAUAUUCGCGCUGCGACUCGGUACACAUCCAGUCUAGCCCCCUCGCGCCCGACCACAAAUCCCUCGGGCGCGCGAAUCGACCGACGCGCAGGGAUGUCUCGCCUACAAGGAAGCCGUCGGCUGGCAAGAUCACCCUCCCCUCCUUCCGCACUAUGUUCGGCGGCGACGACCUUCCUCCUUUGACGUCGAGCUCGACCUCGUCGGGGUACUACGCGGAUGACAGCACGAUGAGCGCGGACGAUGCCCCGGAAGACGAUGAGGGCCCCGGGUACGACUCCGUGUUUUUCUCCGAUGAAGAAGUGGAGAGCGAAGGGGAGGACGUAUACGAGGACGAAAUCACAGGGCUGUCCUACAGGCGGACAUCGUAUUUCCAGACAUCCGCUGAGCGCGGCCGUUGGAAGUACGAACCCGUCGUGCCCCGGUCCUCUCAUCAGCCUCGCAAGUCCGAACCGUCAAUCACCAUGGCAGACAUUUCCACCUCAUCGACUUUCGCUCGCCCCGCUUCGGAGCCAGCACCCAUCACCGUUGCACCAUCUCCGUUCAUGACGCCCCCGGAGGCAGCACCUGCACCGGAAGCAGACUCGUCACCCGAAUCACCUCCAUCACCCGCCGCAGAGGAUUCUCCCAUAGCCUCUACACCACCUCUGGAUACUAGCCCCGAACGCCCCGACGAGAUCGAUGAUCCCAUGCCACCAUCGUCCCCUCUACUUCCCCCGACUUCGCCAUUAUCGGAGGACGAAAAUGCACCGGUCUCGCCGCUAUCGCUAUCGCAUCAAACCACCCCAGCAUCUAUCACGGUGGAAGCUUCCUGUGUAGUGGCCAUGGUGGUGGAUUCGGAAGUCAGGGCGAUCGUUGAGCCAUCUGCCGCUAUGGACGAGUCACUUGACCCGCCUACGAAUGUUCAAGUUGAAGCAGUACCCGAGGUCACCCCUACCGAACAAGACAGCCCGAAUGAUACACCAAUCAAGCAAGACGUAGUCCCCGCGCAGCAGCCCUUACGUCCCUCCGCCUCGUGUCAAAUGUCGUCUGCUCAGCCGAAAUCGAACGCCGACGUACUUCCCAAAGUCCUCGCUGGCGACAAGGAGAAUCACGUCCACGAUGUGCUCCCGUGUCCCGCAAAGCGUACGAAGUCGCGGUCACCGAUGCUUCCUUGCGAGCCGAGCACCCCGUCUCGAGCGCCGACACCACCUUCAGCGGAGCGACAGGAGCAUGUGCCGGAGCCUGCGCCUGUCGCGAAAGCCGAUGCUCGGAUUACGGAAGAGCCCACCAAUGACACGGGCUCGUCAUCCGAGAAGCGCAAGACAGAUGACGCGGACCCUGGUCCUGCUCGCAAGCGCUCGCGACAGACACUCUCGCCAGAGCCUGAGAGGGCUUCCUCGCCGUUGUCGGAGGAGGAGGAAGAAGAAAGUGAAGGGGAGGUACGACCGCCUCCCAAGAAGUCGACGAAGGCGCGCUCGAAGAAACGGUCGACGAAGUCCGUACGCGGAGAUAGCAUGGCUGCGACGUCCGACGGAGAGACGGACGAGCCUGCGCCCAAGCCCCAGCGGCCGACGCGCAAACGGCGCACGACGCUGGAGAAGCUAUCCGACACCACCUUCGCCGACCAGCCGUCCUUACCGCCCUCGACAUAUAGGCGCGCGAAGCCGCAGCCGCCUCCCGAGCCUACAGGUCCCAGCCCCGACGACGAGGUUCGCGGCAUGCUGAUCCAGAGCAUGGCCGCAUCGCGUGCCUCGUCACAAACUCUCACCACGCUUUGUCGCGCUGUGCUCGAGGCGUACCCGCAUCUUCUUGAGAAGCAGGCCGAGGAUUUGUGGCACACCGAGUUCGCCGGCGUGCUUGAGCGGGGCGCGGAGCAGGCAGGCUUGUUCGGCAAGGUGGAGAGCAGCUAUCAGGGCGACGGCGUUGAGGCGCAGUGGUUCUACGUCCCUGAGCGCGAUCCGGACCAGGAGCGUGCCUCCCUGAUCAAGAUGAUGUUCCCGCGGUUGGCCAAGCGCAGCGAGACGAAGAAGUACAAGCAGUACUAUUACGCACCGCUCGCGCGCAUCAACAAGUGGGAUCCGGAGGAUGCGCUGUAAUUUUCGCCUUCGUCUGGUCGCCUUCGCAUUGACUCGUCGCUCCGAUCGCGUUCAACAACCCAUAAUACCGAAUUGUACCGCCGUAUGUAUCGAAUCCCCUGUCACUUUCGUUCUUCGGAUCUCGUCUCUGCAUCGAGCAUGACCUGUCGCAUCGAGCACCGUCCUUUGUUCCUCCUCGUCGACCUUCUCGCCUCUUGGUUCUCCAUACGUACCAUUCUGCCUGUCCCUUGACUCGAAAGACUUUGUCG